AUGUCAUCUAAAUUAGAAGAAUAUGGGUGGACACCAGCUUUGAUACAAAUGGCAAUUGAAGUAAUUGACAAAAUUAUUGCUCGUCCUCUUUCAUUGUAUGUUUCAGACCCAAGAAAUGGUUCAUUAAAUACGUUACAAGGAAUUAGAGAGAAGCUAUCAAAGAAAAAGUACUCGAAUUUACCUGAAUGGAAGAACGAAGUUCUUGCAGUAUUUAAAGCAGCAAAAACUUCAGAUAAUAAAUUGCAAACAGAUAUUUCCGAAGAAUUAACACAAUACUUUGAAAAGAAAUAUGCAGUGUUAGAGGAGCUUAGUCUUUUCAAAUUCAGAACAGCAAUAACUCGUGUUGUUGAUGAAAUGUCUGCUACAAUUGCUGUAAACGAAGAUCUCUAA